GCUGGCCAACAGCCCAGGACCAUGACAGUAUUUGUUUUCUGGGUUUGUCUGGUGUGUCAGAGCAGACUGUGUCCACACAGGUUCUGCCUGUUUUUCCAGUUGCAAGCUUUCAUUUUCACUUAAUCACAUCUCGAUUGUAUCGCAGUAGGAGUCUUAACAGCUGCUACGCUAGUGGCAAGAAGACGAGAGGCCAUGGAAGCUGCCAGGAGGAAGAUGCAAGAAGAGCAUGAUGCCAAAGUAGCCAUCUUCAAAGAGAAACAGAGAUUGCAAGAAGAGGAGAAGAGGAGGCAGAAAACAGAGAUGGGGGAGAGUAUGGAGCAAGGAAAAAGUUACAAAGGAGCUGCAAAGCCCACUGAGGAGGCCUGCUCAUCUCAAACGGUGCUAAAGCCAAAGACGGACAAGAAGCGUCUUCGCAGUACAGAUUACAAUCCCCUCACUGGACAUGGAGGAGGCUCCUGUUCCUGGAGGCCUGGCAGGAGAGGGCCAUCAUCUGGUGGAUGAGGCUAAAGAAGGUUGGAGGCACUGGACUGCUGGAUCUUUUGACCUCUGACAUCCUGAUUCUCACACUGGCUGCAGGAAAUAAGCUGAUAAUGACACCUAUUCCAUGCUUUAUUAGAGUUGAGCAUGCUUCAUGCUUCUUGUGUUGAUGCCUGCAUCAUGUUUAAUUUCUCUCUGUUUAGUUUCAGCCCUCUCUGUCAUGCUGUUAAUGGAUAACUGAACUGAAAAGUAGUUGAAAGCUUGUAAUGAAGCCAUUCCUGUAAAUGGUUUAUAACCAGUAGGUUUGGCUGAUGUGUUUCACAGCCAGUGUGUGUUUUUUUUCUCAUAUAUUUUAUUUUAUGUGUUUACCAAUGUGUGCCACUAUAACUCAGAGAUAAUAUCACUGCAGCACUUCUAGGUGGUGGACAAUAUUUAAAACAUUAUGAUUACAUAGAAAAAAAUGUCAAAAUGUUAGGAGGUUCUAUUCAUUGUUAUGCAUGUUUUUUAUGCAAUAAAGAAUAAAGUCCCCAGGA